GUCGCUAUGGACGCGUUUGGUUCCUUGGCUGUUCGGGAUAGAGGAAGGCGGACGUGACGUCACGCUGAGGGCAUGAAGGAGGACCAUAAAAACAUUGCAAGCGGCAACGUCAGGAUAUUGCUGUACUCUCAAGCAGCAGUCGGACAGGGUUUGUUUACUGUAUUGUAUUUUAAAAUUGAAAAAAUAAACCAAAAAACAAAAACCGAGACCUCAGCCGGUACCGAUUCUACUGUAAGUUCGCAAUUCAUAGUUUUUAUUCAUGUCUUUUUAUUAAUUUUUAAAGUAUAUAUAUAUUAUAUACCGGUAGAACUACUCUUAUCACACAGUAUCAUGACCCCGUUACAGCACACUGUAAACAACAAGCGAUCUUCUGCGACAGGCUGCUGCACGCUGCUGCUUUUAAUUGUCCUGAACGCUGUGUAUUGUUACAAACCCAUAAUCAUCGUGCACGGGUUAUUCGACAGUUCCAGCGACUUUAAAACCCUCCUUGGCUACAUCAACGAGACUCACCCCGGCACCAAUGUCACGGUCAUCGACCUCUUCGAUCACAGCGAGAGCCUGCAGCCCAUGUGGAAACAGGUGGAGGGCUUCAAGGACGCCAUCUAUCCCAUCAUGCAAAACGCAGCCAAAGGGGUGCAUCUCAUCUGCUACUCUCAGGGCGGGCUGGUGUGUCGCGGGAUUCUCUCCACUCUUCCGGAUCACAAUGUGGACACCUUCAUCUCCCUGUCCUCUCCGCAGGCUGGUCAGUACGGAGACACUGAUUAUCUGAAGUGGGUGUUCCCCACCCUGGUCAAGACCAAUCUCUUUCACUUCUGUUACACUCACGUGGGGCAGGGCUUGUCCAUCUGCAACUACUGGAACGAUCCUCACCACCAGGACAUGUACUUGAAUAGCAGCGAUUUCCUGGCUGUUUUAAACAAUGAACGAGAGAACCCCGAUGCUAAAGUCUGGAAGAACAAUUUCUUGCGAAUCAAGAAGCUUGUUUUAAUCGGAGGGCCGGACGAUGGUGUCAUCACACCUUGGCAGUCCAGCCACUUUGCGUUCUACAAUGAGAACGAGACGGUUGUGGAGAUGAGAGACCAGAUGGUUUACCUGAAGGACACUUUUGGUCUGAAGACCCUGGAUGCCAGAGGAGACCUGGUCACCUAUGAGAUGAGUGGCGUGCAGCACACCAAGUGGCACUCCAACCAGACCGUCUACACAGAGUGCAUCGCCAGGUGGCUCACAUAAACAACACCACAGCAACCGGCUGCAGAUCACACCGCCUCCUGCGUCUUUACUCUCCCCUUUGCAUGUUUGCAAUCCUUUUUUAGUGGUUCCUUUUGCAGUUUCUCAAAUACUGUGUUUAUUAAGUCUGUGUCGAGGUGGCUUGGAGCUCAGCUGCUCUUCAAUUCCAGUUGCCUGCUAUUGUAAUGUAAUCCAGAUCCACAGAAGUGUCCUUUUUAUAUGAGUAUGCGGCCGAGUGCAAGCUGUGGAUUGCCUGAAUUAGAACAGGAUAUCCAAACUAUUAAUACUCAAUAGUGCUAAGUUUUAGAAUAUACUAAAAAAACCAAAAAAACAUUCUGAAGACUUUUAGUUAUAAUGUUUGUUAUUGAUCUAGCCCAUGUUGCAUGAAUCAACUAGCACUGAAGGGCAGCUCCUGAGCUCCUUUAGUCUUUGAGUAACUGCACUGUUGCAAUGAGAAGCACUCAAAGAUGGCAAACAUCCGAAAAUGAAACGGGGACGGUUCAAAUGAAGGACAUUUAAAAAGGGAAACUAAUUUGAACUUACACUUUUAAAUUUAUAAUAGUGUUUUUGAUACCACAGGAGCCAAACAGUAAGAAAUCAUGAAUCUCAAGUUGUUUUUUUGGGGGGUUUCAUUAUUAUUAUUAUUUUUUUAGAUUGUUAGAGAUCUGUCAUUUCUGUGUUCAGUUUUUAACCGUCAGGUUUCGUAACAAGGGACAGUGAUGUAAAGAGGUGUGAUAUUAUGCAGUGCUAGAUGUUACGCUGCGUGACACAAAUACUGAGUUUAGUGAAUGAAGUGGUGUAUAGCACAUGUACCAUGUUCUGUCAGCAUGGCCUUGUGAAUUAUUGAAUCAUGACAUUCGGCUAGUGCCUUCAUCAGUGUAAUGCAAUUUAUGAAGAAACUUGGUUAGGACAUUCUUUAACCGUAGUUAUUGUGCUAAAGAAUGUCAGAACUGUGUGUUGGGGG